UCGGGUCAUUCUCAUUUUCCUUGGCUUUGUUUUACCCUCUUUUUUUUCACUGCAAGGUACCCAACCUCUGAAUUGCAGGUCUGACAAUAUUCCUGAGCUUGACAUCCGUUUAGUAACACGCAGGAGGCCCAGCUCUGAGCUGUCAAAAGGGACUAUUUUCCUUAGCGGACGCUGACAGGGCGGUGCUGCUUUGAAGCCAUCUUUGGACCAUUUUGGUUGCUUUGCUGAGUUGUCUGUGCAGAGAUCCAUCUCCCGUCGCAGAAUGGAUGAAGAAUACGAUGUGAUAGUGCUGGGCACCGGGCUGACAGAAUGUAUCUUAUCUGGGAUCAUGUCAGUAAAUGGAAAGAAGGUUCUACAUAUGGACAGGAAUUCAUACUAUGGAGGAGAAAGUUCGUCUAUCACCCCUCUGGAAGAGCUGUAUAAAAGAUUUGAUAUUCCUGAUGGACCUCAAGAAAGCAUGGGGAGGGGGCGUGACUGGAAUGUGGAUCUGAUCCCAAAAUUUCUAAUGGCUAAUGGCCAGCUGGUGAAGAUGCUGCUUUACACAGAAGUCACUCGAUACUUGGACUUCAAGGUGGUGGAAGGAAGCUUUGUGUACAAAGCAGGAAAGAUCUACAAGGUGCCAUCCACUGAGACUGAGGCAUUGGCGUCAAAUCUCAUGGGCAUGUUUGAAAAACGACGUUUUCGCAAGUUCCUAGUUUUUGUGGCAAAUUUCGAUGAAAAUGACCCCAAAACAUUUGAAGGAGUUGAUCCGAAGAGCACCAGUAUGAGGGAUGUGUACAAGAAGUUUGACUUGGGUCAGGACGUCAUUGACUUCACCGGUCAUGCUCUGGCACUGUAUAGGACUGAUGAUUAUUUGGACCAGCCCUGCCUGGAAACCAUCAGCCGCAUCAAGCUCUACAGCGAGUCACUUGCAAGAUAUGGGAAGAGCCCUUACUUGUACCCUCUAUAUGGACUUGGAGAGUUGCCGCAGGGCUUUGCAAGGUUAAGUGCAAUUUAUGGAGGAACAUACAUGUUAAACAAAUCUGUGGAUGAGAUUGUAAUGGAGAAAGGAAAAGUUGUUGGUGUUAAAUCAGAAGGAGAGGUCGCUCGAUGUAAGCAGCUGAUUUGUGAUCCCAGCUAUAUCCCAGAUCGCGUGCGAAAGGCAGGUCAAGUUAUACGUCUCAUUUGCAUCUUAAACCACCCCAUUAAGAAUACCAAUGAUGCCAAUUCAUGCCAAAUCAUCAUACCACAGAAUCAGGUCAACAGGAAAUCAGAUAUCUAUGUGUGUAUGAUCUCAUAUGCACACAAUGUUGCUGCUCAGGGCAAGUACAUUGCUAUUGUCAGCACCACAGUGGAGACAACUGAGCCAGAGAAAGAGAUUGAACCAGCGCUGGAGCUCCUGGAGCCCAUUGAGCAGAAAUUUGUGGCAAUCAGUGACCUUUAUGAGCCAAUUGAUGAUGGACAGGAGAGCCAGGUGUUCUGCUCACGGGCCUAUGAUGCUACAACGCAUUUCGAGACAACCUGCAAUGACAUCAAAGACAUCUACAAGAGAAUGACUGGAACAGACUUUGACUUUGAAAACAUGAAGCGCAAACAGAAUGAUGUUUUUGGGGAGGAUGAGCAGUGAGGGAUUAUGUAUGGGGGGCGGGUUAGAAUUAAUGACUGGAAGAAGGGGUUCCUGCGAAAAUGUAAUGCUUCCAUUCUCCUUUUUUCUCCAUAAUUCCAGUUUCAAUUUUUUAAAACUUGGAGUUUUAGAGUAUGGAUUUUUGUUGACGCCCCAACAUACUAUUGACCAGGUGUCCAGUGAUGAUGUAGACAAAAAUGACAGCAGAUUUCUGAAGCCAGUAUAAGUAGAUUUACUUUUUUUUUAGAAAAUCUGCUGACAUUUUGUGUAUCUGUGUUUUAUAGUCUUGCAGCCUGUGUUGCAUUCAACUUAUUGGCACCCAGAGUCUGUUAUCAUUUUAAAACACAGUAACAUUUUCCACCUGAUCACAGAGCAUGCUAACAUUACAAAGGCUUAACAGGCAAUCAGAAGGGACCAUUUUAUGCUAAAGAUUGCACAGGUAGCCAGCUAGGCCUAUUUUAUAUUGGAUUUUUACAGGCAGAGUCUCCUUUUUUGUAAUGGAGAGUCUACAGCAAUUACAGCAUCUCCUAUUUUGCAGGAGUCCAGCAGAUAGUGAGACUUCCCCAGCAUCUAUACAGCCAAUCAGAAUCCACUACAUUAUACAGGAGUCUUAAAGGCAGUUAGGGAGCCCAAUAUUUAAUUUACAGAGAAUAAUACUUUCAGUAAACUGUAUGUUACACCUACCCAACUAAUAGAGAGUUGUAUUAAAGAGUAGCUACAUGGACCCAUACACUGACACAUACACUUAGCUAUUAAUUGCUACAUACGUCAACCUCGUGCACACCCUUUUUACUGCUCAACCACUAUAUACACCCACAUAAUACACACUACUAAAUGAUCAUGUUUCCACACACUACAUACUCUCACUCUACUAACUGAAGUCUACAUGAACCCACCCUACUGAUAUGAACACCCCAUUUACUAAAUGAUCACUACAUACACCAAUCAUGCUGCUUGAAAGCACAAUCACAAAACGCUGAACAUACUAACAUUACUGAGCUUACAUGAGCUCACUUAUUUACUGAUGGCUGCAAUUUCACACCCUACUGAUAGGUAAAAAACACACGCUAUUUAUUGAUAGUGAUACAAGACUAAGUGAUUGAGCUAAACGCGUAAAUUCGCUGGGAGCAUACCAUCAAUUUCAUGGUCUACAAAGUAUAAAUCAUUGGCCGUUAUAUGAAGCAAGGACUCAGUUUUUUCCUUUUUCUCUUAAAUGAUCGCUAUAUGCAACCACCGUACAAAUUGAUGGCUACAUAACCAUGAUACUGAUGGUUUACAACAUACACCUAUUCUACUGAUCAUCCACAAGGCAGGUCGAUAGCUACAUAUCCUAUUCUACUAUUUAAUUGUUGUUUGACUGAUAGUUACAUACGCCCAUACUACUCGUAAAAUGUGACCCACUCUCAGUUGCAAUGUACAUUCACCCUAUAACCAUACUUCCAUUCUAUGUAUCAACUGCCGUAUGUACAUACAAUUAAUACAUUCACUGUAUUAGUAGCUAUAUACAUCCUUUAUACAUAGAUAUUGUUAUAUACGCCUACAAUACAUUUGUUUGCAAUGACAUAUAUCCACACUACAGAUGGAUAGUUACAUAUAUUUGUCCUAGUCUCCUACAUAGUAAAUGAAAUGUAAAUUUUCAGUAACCCGUGACUGAAUUUAUUUUUCAUUUUCUUUUAUUGUAUUCCUAGUCUAAUUUAUAAAAUUAUUUGUGAACUUAAUAUUAAAAAUAUAAUAAUGUCUUAGAAUUUAAAGAUUUGAUACAUAAAGUGGGUAGGAUGUGCUGGGUCUCUGCUUGGGUAAGAUUCUAUAUUACAGAACAUGUAUCUUUUCAGUAAGUACAAUUGAUAAGAUGCGAUCUAUGGGUAAUAAUUCACUAUCAGAAAGAAAGAGUGGGCGCUCCAGAUGUAUUUAAAAAUCAUACCUUUUUAUUUCAAUUCAUAUUUAAAUUUUAGAAGAACAUUUUCACAUUUCACACCAGUCACUUAAUCAUUAAUACUUUCUGGUAGUGCCAUUUUGAUAAAUUGAAGCAUUUGAGUGAAGGCACUUUGCACAGUUGAUGAUGUCACGCCUAAUGCAUAGUUUAUGAUGUCAUGCCCGAUGCACAGCAGUGUGAAAUGCAGAAAAUAUGUUCUCUUUAACGGUUAAGCGGUCUUGUAGCUUACAACUAUUGGUGUUAGACACUAUACCUAGACUAGAUGUUUAGGGUCACGAGUGAGGUUUCAUUGUGUACACAGGGGUUUAUGUGAAACCAUUGAUAUACUCGGAGACCCAUGCCUGGGUGUGACAACACGUUGUAGGUAACAGAUCUUGUCAAAAAGGGUGCAUGUUACUGGGAUAAUAAUGAAUAAACUCUACAAAAAUAUGUAUUGAGAAGUUGGCAACCUCUGUUGCACCCAAGAUAAGAUAUGGUUAAAGAACAGAUCUGCACCUGUCACUGUAAUAGGCUCUUUUUACAAACGGUGCCCUUUUCAUAAAUUAUUUCUUUUCAGUUUUGUCAAAAUCCCAACCUAUGUGCAUUGUCUACCCCUUAAAAUGUCAUAUCUUACAAGUAGAUAUUUCUCAUUAACUGUGUUUGACAAAAUGAUACCAUGUAAAAGAAUUAAAGCAUUGUGAAAAUGUGA